UUUCCAGUAGGACGAUUUCAAUCGCAGGACAUGUGAAGCCCUGAAGAAAGUGAAUGAUGGCGCUACCCAUUUUGAGAUGUAGUUGUAAUGUCAGUAGGCCACCCUCGCUUCUAUGUCUUCUCUUUAAAUCUAACGCUCUGGUACAGAACCGAAUACAUGUUACACGUACUAUUCCCUUGGCUUCUGUUGUAUCCACUGUUCGAAAGUACAGCUCGGACCGCGGUGGGGAAAAACAGAAUCAGAAGGUGGUUGUAGUUGGUAUUCCAAACCCUUUCAUAUGGUUCCGGACACGGAUAUAUUACUUUUUGAUCAGGACAUAUUUUGAUAAGGAGUUCAAUAUUGAAGAUUUCAGCGAAGGUGCGAAACAGGCGUUUUCCCACGUAUCCAAUCUCCUUUCUCGGUGUCAGUUUGAGGCUCUCGAAGGACUUGUCGCAAAAGACUUGGUAGGUAAACUUCAGGAGAAAUGGGAUGUGCUUCCUGCAAGCCACAAGAGGGCCCUCUCUGCUGAUCCAGACGAUAUUAUGUACACCACUCCUGGUGAUGUCGGCAUUUACUAUGAUGACGAUGGGCGGAAAUUUGUGAGUAUUCUCAUGCGUUACUGGUACUUAACAAGUGCCAAGCUACCUGAGGAGACCAUGGAAGGGGCACGAAUCUUCCAGGUAUCCAUUGGUGGAGAGGGCGAGACAGAGACCAAGCGACUCCUCACAGCCAAUUAUGAGUUCCAGAGGGAGUUCACCAAGGGAGUGGUACCUGACUGGAUCAUCACACGAAUAGAACACUCCAAGCUGCUAGACUGAAGUUCACUGAAAUCAAAAAGAUGAAUGGUGGACAGGGGAUACUCUUCCAUUCUUUACUUUUUAUUGUUUGCACUUUUCAGGAAGUUCAAGGUCCCUUGUGAGCAUUGCUGGGAGAACUACAACACAAGUUUGCCUGACCACACAUGUUGAAAACUAAGAUGACAAUGCCUCAUUUCAGCAGCAGCAAGGGAUUUUAUUGCCAAGCUCCCUGGGAAAAGCUGCCUUUGUAAUGUCUGUAUGUUUGUAGCUGGACUAGUGUGUGACUUUGGUUAAAGUAUUCAGCUCAGACACAACAUAAGAGGGGAAAAGGUCAGAGGGGGAAAAAAAAAACAUACAGUCAGUGUAUGUAUGUAUGAGAUUUAACUGCUAGUCUUAGUCUUAGCUCAGCUGUGGAGUUUAUUUUUGUUUUAAUCUCUGUAUCGGGUCCAGAUGAGAGAAUGGACUAGCACAGACACAGGUUGUGGUUUGGGAUUCUUUUUCUUUUUAAAUAUCAUUGUCAUUCCCUGCAUAAUCUGUACAUCUCUUUAUAUAUUGCAGCCCAGUAUACAGAGAUGUAUUAUAUACUUAAAGAGGUGUAUCUGUCCUCUUCAGGUUUCACAAUUAAAAGCUUUGUAAGCUGUGGAGACUUUUGAAGAAUCUGAACGCUGUCAACUGGUGGGCCUCAUUCAAGCACCAUGUGAAAUUAGAAGCCCAAUUUUAUUUGGAGACAAGCAUUUCUAUUUUUAAUGUGUUUUUGUGUCAUCUCAGGUGCAUUGUAUUAUGACAGUUUAUCCCACAGUGUGUCUGGAGGUCUGAGUGAGAUGCUGGCCCGUGCAGCACCAGAGAUUUGUGUGUUUGUGGCAGCUUGACACAGCUGAACUUUGUAAUAAAUCAAACCGCUGAGAAAUCCA